UAUACAGAAUAAUUCAUCAAAAGGAAAUGUUGGUGUUUAGAUCUUCGAAGACGAGUCUUCAGUGUGCGUUCCCAAACAAGCCCUAAAUAUGGAAGAAAAGCACAAUUCACCGGCGACCGCCACCGAAACGGCACUACAAUCGUCGGCUGAGCCACCAUCUUCAAGGAGAAGAGGCGGAGGUUUGAAGAGGAAAGCCUCGAAUAUUAGCAACAGCAUCACAUCCACUCCGCCUCCGUCGUCUUCGAAGCGUCAAACUCGAGAGAAACCCUCCCCAGUACUGUUCCCUCCGAUCCACAAUGGACCGUGCACCAGAGCUCGCCUACAACCAAAUUACACCGAUUCCACGGCAUUUUGGGACGCGGUGAUUGUAAAUGGCGAAGGAGAAGGUUCAAUGUUGUCCACGCCGGUGGCGGCGAAGGUGGAGGAGGAGUUGAUUGCUAGAAAAGAAGCUUGGGAGGCGUUGGAAUUGAAGAUAGAAGCUGAAUAUGACGACUUAAAGUCGCGUGAUGCUAAUGCCCAUGUUGCACCAAUUUCUUCUGGUUGGUUCUCAUGGACAAAAUUUCAUCCAUUAGAGGAGAGAGCAUUGCCUUCUUUCUUCAAUGGAAAGUUGGAGAAUCGGACUCCUGAAAUCUACAUGGAGAUACGUAACUCCAUUAUGAAAAAAUUUCACACAAAUCCCAACACCCAAUUAGAAGAAAAAGAUCUUUCUGAAAUCUCAGUUGGAGAAUUAGAUGCCAAGAAAGAAGUAAUGGAGUUUCUAGACUAUUGGGGUUUGAUCAAUUAUCACCCAUUCCCUGAGACAGAUCUCCCUACCUCCAUGGCUGAUGCUGAAGAAUCUGAAGAAGCUGAAAAAGCUGAAAAAGCUGAGAAAGUAAAUUCAUUAAUACAAAAAUUAUAUGAGUUUGAAGUGGAGCAAUUGUGUACGCCAGCUGUCCCGAGGAGUAGUUUUGCAACGCCAGCUGUCACAUCCAGGUUGCCUGAGUCAAUCAUAGCUGAUGAAUCAUUGCAGCCUGAAGGACCUUCUGUUGAGUAUCACUGUAAUUCAUGUGCAGCUGAUUGCUCUAGAAAACGUUACCAUUGUCAGAAACAGGCAGAUUAUGACUUAUGUACUGAAUGCUUCAAUGCUGGAAAGUUUGAUUCCGACAUGUCACCAUCUGAUUUCAUCCUCAUGGAGCCUGCUGAUGCUGCUGUUACAAGUAGUGGGAAAUGGACAGAUCAAGAGACACUACUUCUUCUAGAAGCUUUGGAACUCUUUAGUGAAAACUGGAAUGAGAUUGCUGAACAUGUGGCCACAAAAACCAAAGCCCAAUGUAUUCUACACUUUGUUCAAAUGCCAAUUGAAGAUACUUUUCGCGAUUGUGAUGAUGAAGAUGAUGAUGAUUCAAGUCAUAAGGAGAAGGAUUUGAAGAAAGAUGAAAGUUGUAAUGAGAAUGAAGAAAAGAAAGAAGUUGAUGAAAAUGAUGAGAAAGUGGAAGGUGAUGUGGAUGGAAUCAGUGAUUCUGUUGAUGUGAAAGAAACUGAGGAGUCGAAAGCAUUGGUGGAGAAUGAUGAUUCGCCUCCUGAUGAUUCCUCUCCAAUGGAGGUUUCGGAAUCAGUGAUUCCUGGGAAUUUGAAAGAUAAUCAAGAAAAUGGUGUGGAUAUUGCAGUGAAAGCAUUGAAAGAAGCUUUUGAGGUUGUGGGGUCUCUUUCUUCCAUUGAUGAGAAGCUUUCUUUUGCUGAUGCUGGUAACCCUGUCAUGGCAAUGGCAGCAUUUUUAACUCGAUUAGUGGACCCCAACAUUGCAACAGCAACAGCCCGAAAUUCUUUGAAAUCCGUGUCAAGUGGGGCCACUGGCUUGCAACUGUCUGCAAGGCAUUCGUUUGUUAUUGAAGAUCCUAUCGAUGAGAAGAAGAAACCAGAAGAAACCGAGAGAGAUGAUGUACAGGAAGAGGAUUCGAAAGAAAAAACUGAUUCUGACAAGGAGGCGUGUGAAGAUUCUGAUGAAAGUGUUCCAAAAGAUGAGGAGAUGUCAGAGAAGACAGAGCCUCAUGAACCUAAUUAUGAUACUUCAAUGGCUGAAAACACAGAAAAUUCAGGGGAGGCAGAAGCAAAAGAGUGUAAGAAUGUGAAGAAACAAGCACCAGAGGCAGAAACUAAAAAUGACCAAAAUAUCCUUAACAUGACACGUGCAGCUGUCACUGCCAUCUCAGCUGCAGCAGUCAAGGCAAAAUUACUUGCAGAUCAGGAAGAAGACCAGAUUCGGAAACUUGCCACAUCAUUGAUAGAAAAACAGUUGCAGAAAUUGGAAACGAAGUUGGCUUUCUUCACGGAAAUGGAUGGUGUGGUGGCACGGGCAAGGGACCAAUUAGAACGGUCAAAGCAAAGACUGUACCAUGAACGUGCCCAAAUAAUUGCCGCCCGUUUGGGGAUGUCAUCCACCACCGCCGCCGCUAGGCCCAUCCCACAACCACCAAGGGCAGGAAUGUCAUUUCCAAAUCCAACACAAAGACCUCCAAAUCCAAAUCCAAAUCCAAUGACAAAUCCCAUGACCAUGACUCCGCCUCAAAGACCGCCACCUUCAAGACCCAUGACGAUGGCACCAACGCCACCUCCACCGCCGCCUCCCACAGUCGCCGGAAACCCGUCGUCGGUUGGAAUGAAGUGAGGGGAGGGCAAAAUUGUAAUUUGGCAUUGUGUUGUACCACACGAAAGUUCUAACAAGUUUUUAGUGAGUUACAAAGGACUAUGGUGGAAAUUAAAAUCUUGGGUUUCUAAUGUUAGAGGUGGUAUGUUAAUGUUAAUGAGUUUUUUUUAUUAUUAUUUUGGAUUAUGGUUUUUUAAUAUUUAAUGUUUAAUGUUGUGUAGAUAUAGAGGGAUUGUAAGUGUGUGUUUUGGAACUAGAAGGGUGUCUUUGUUAACUUUUUAAGGUCUGGGUAGGUAUUUGUAUGUUUGGUUGUGG